CUGACGUGCUCUAACCAGCUCCUAUGAGGAAAUGAGUGUGCUAGAGGCAGGGGGUGUGGGCCCAAACAGUUCAGAUACCGCUGGUCAGGCCUGCGCUGUACACAGCUCAGCCAUGAGCAGCAGAAAGAACUUUUCCAGGCUCACCUGGUUCAGGAAGCAGAGGAAAGCCGUGGUCAACAGCAACGACAAGAAGAUGCCUAACGGGAUCCUAGAAGAACAAGAGCAGCAGAGAGUGAUGCUACUGAGCAGAUCUCCAUCGGGUCCCAAGAAGUACUUCCCCAUCCCGGUGGAGCACCUGGAGGAGGAGAUCCGGGUGAGAUCUGCGGAUGACUGCAAGCGGUUCCGAGAGGAGUUCAAUUCAUUGCCUUCCGGACACAUACAAGGAACCUUUGAACUAGCAAAUAAAGAAGAAAACAGAGAAAAAAACAGAUACCCCAACAUUCUGCCCAAUGAUCAUUGCAGAGUGAUUUUGAGCCAAUUGGAUGGAAUCCCCUGCUCUGACUACAUUAAUGCUUCCUACAUAGAUGGCUACAAAGAAAAGAACAAAUUCAUAGCAGCUCAAGGCCCUAAGCAGGAGACAGUGAAUGACUUCUGGAGAAUGGUCUGGGAGCAAAGGUCAGCCACCAUUGUCAUGUUGACGAACCUGAAGGAAAGGAAGGAGGAGAAGUGCUACCAGUACUGGCCAGACCAGGGCUGCUGGACUUAUGGGAACAUCCGGGUGUGUGUAGAGGACUGCGUGGUCCUGGUGGAUUACACCAUCCGCAAGUUCUGCAUCCAUCCGCAACUCCCCGACAGCUGCAAAGCUCCACGGCUGGUCUCACAGCUGCACUUCACCAGCUGGCCUGACUUUGGGGUACCGUUUACCCCCAUCGGAAUGCUGAAGUUCCUGAAGAAAGUGAAGACACUCAACCCCUCACAUGCUGGGCCCAUUGUGGUCCACUGUAGCGCGGGCGUGGGUCGGACUGGCACCUUCAUUGUGACCGAUGCCAUGAUGGACAUGAUCCACUCGGAACAGAAGGUCGACGUCUUCGAGUUUGUGUCUAGAAUCCGCAAUCAGCGCCCUCAGAUGGUCCAGACAGAUGUUCAGUAUACAUUCAUCUACCAAGCCUUACUGGAAUACUACCUCUAUGGGGACACAGAGCUGGAUGUGUCCUCCUUGGAGAGGCACCUGCAGACGCUACAUGGCACAGCCACCCAUUUUGACAAGAUCGGGCUGGAGGAAGAGUUCAGGAAACUGACCAACGUGCGAAUCAUGAAGGAGAACAUGAGGACGGGCAACCUGCCGGCCAACAUGAAGAAGGCCCGUGUAAUCCAGAUCAUCCCAUAUGACUUCAAUCGGGUAAUCCUGUCCAUGAAAAGAGGGCAAGAGUUCACAGACUACAUCAAUGCAUCCUUCAUAGAUGGCUACAGGCAGAAGGACUACUUCAUGGCUACACAGGGGCCUCUGGCUCACACGGUUGAGGACUUCUGGAGGAUGGUCUGGGAGUGGAAGUCACACACAAUCGUCAUGCUGACUGAGGUGCAGGAGCGGGAGCAGGAUAAAUGCUACCAGUAUUGGCCAACCGAGGGCUCAGUGACUCACGGAGAUAUAACUAUAGAAAUAAAGAGUGACACCCUGUCUGAAGCAAUCAGCAUACGAGAUUUUCUGGUUACUUUCAAACAGCCCCUGGCCCGCCAGGAAGAGCAGGUCCGUAUGGUGAGACAAUUCCAUUUCCAUGGCUGGCCUGAGGUUGGAAUCCCCACUGAGGGCAAAGGCAUGAUUGACCUGAUCGCGGCAGUGCAGAAGCAGCAGCAACAGACGGGCAACCACCCUAUCACCGUGCACUGCAGUGCGGGAGCCGGGCGGACAGGUACAUUCAUAGCACUCAGUAACAUUUUGGAACGAGUGAAAGCCGAGGGACUCCUAGAUGUGUUUCAAGCUGUGAAGAGCUUAAGACUUCAGAGACCACACAUGGUGCAAACCCUGGAGCAAUAUGAAUUCUGCUACAAAGUGGUACAAGAUUUUAUCGAUAUAUUUUCUGAUUAUGCUAAUUUCAAAUGAAGAUCCCUGCCUUAAAAUAUUUUUUAAUUUAAUGGUCAGUAUAUUUUGUAAAAAAAAAAUCAUGUUAAUUUAUUUCCUAGUGGAUAUUAAUAUCCGUCCUGAUUCCUUUGUAUAUAUUUUGUUAUGUUCUAAAGGCUACCUGCUGUAAGGUUAUUAAAUCAUAAAUGUCCUUUUUAAAAAUUGGAAUAACAUGUUAAGGUCAAAUGCUAUCUGGGAAGACAUAUAUUUCUCCUAAUAUCAGUCAGUAUCUUAGUUCUAUUAGAUUCACAUCAUGUGUCCUGUGGUGUCACACAUCAUGUAUCAUGUAUCACAUGCCAUGUGGUGUCACAUGUCAUGCAUCUGUAAAUGUAGUUCUUAACAUGUCAGAUGUGUUUGUGGAAAGACACUAAACCUGAAACCCCUUGUGGAGAAAACAGUU